AGAGAAGACCGCGAAUCUCCAAGUCUCAGUCCGCCCUCGAGAGUGUGCAAAUCACGCGCACGCAAAAAUUAACAACGCAUUAACAACCGUGUGUUUGCGAUCAUCCAAUCGUGCAUCCAUACUUUGUAUAUAUAUCCAUAAUUGUUCGAGAAAGGACAAGAAUUCAAAGAGGAGCCAAACCCUGGACGGAAAAAAGAAAUCACAGUGUUGAACAGAAAAAGAAACGAGAAGAAGAAUCUCAAAGACCAAGUUUCUUUCCUAGUAUUCAAUUACUCCAAAGUGUGAAACAAAGUGUGUUCGAUCCGAGAAAGCUCGUGUUUUUCCUCAUACAUCCGACAGUUUUUCUCGAAAAGAAAGGAAACGAGGAUUGCAGCGAAACAAAAAACAGAAAAGGAAGAGAAUUCGAGCAAAGAGAUUUCGAUUGAACGUUUCGAUUGCCGAGGGAUGGAGGAUACGACGAGGCUGACCGAUCCGGAGGACGAGCGGCGGCGAGAGAACGUGAAGGGGGACGCGAAGCGGAGAGCGAGCCCGAGCGGGGGCCAGGCGAGAUCGUCGAAGCAAGAGUUCGGGGACGACGAGUGCAGCACGGACAGCGGGUGCAGCAGCGGGGGGAGCAGCGGAAGCGCGGAGAGGCUGUCGCGGCGCGGAAGCAGCGAGCGGUUGUGCCGCGCCGCAAGAUUAUCGAGGACCCACUGCUAUUUGGACAGGCUUCGGGGCCGGCCUACGCGCUCCCAGGAGAGGCUCUCCUCGGUGCAAAGGAGCUCGGCGCGCGUCCGUGCCAAGUCCUCCCGCUCGUGGAGCCCGGGGGACGUGAGGGGCGUCGGGAGGACGUCCGAGUCCCUCUCGUACUCGUCCACCCCCUCGGACGCGCACAGCAGCGCCGACAGCGACUCGUUGAAGAGGUCGAGCACGGCGGACGCCCUGCGAAGGGCCCUCCAAACGCUCAAGAUAUCCACGAAAUGGGAGGGGAAGGAGAACAAGCACGCAACGAAGAAGAGCCCGAAACGGAUACUUCGCAGCCCGGUCGCCUACACGUACGUGAAGGGACUUUCGGGGCUGCCCACUCAGAGGGUUCCAAGGAACGUUGCCCAGCAACUGGCGAUGCCCUGCUCCUGUCAAAAUUCCGUCGGUAUAUACCGAUAAGAAGGGAAAUUCGAAUUCUUUCAUACGAUCGAAUCGAUUCUCUCUUUCUUUCUCUCUCUCUUUCUGUAUCUAUCUUUCUCUCGCAGCCCCGUUCACGAGAACAUUUUCGCGCAAACGGGGUCACACUAUUUGGACCAUUUCUACCAUUCGACGAAUAGUUUUCGCCCGAUCUUUCAUUAUCCAUCCCUUCCUGGUUUCUACUAUUUUUUCAAUCGCGGUUGUUCCAAUUUUGCCGCCAUUUUCUUAAACCACGACCAAAAACGAUUGGAUUGAAAAAUGUGUAUAUACCGAUGGACGAUUAAAGGGGGGAGAGGAAAAAGGAAAAAGGAAGGAGAGAUGGAAAAAAAACGAUCGCAAACGUAGUAUCGACGGUGUACUCUUUUUUUUAUCGUACAACGUGUUUUGCUUUUUUGGCAAAACGUUUCGAGAAAACGUUUGCGGAUCCAGAAAAGAAGAAAAAAUGCGUUCCCCUCUUGGUCGCGAGAUUAAUUUUCGUCGAAGAGAGGAGUGCAAGCGAAAAAAAAAGAAAAAAGAAAAAAAGAAGAAGAGGAGGAAUUCAAGAAGGAAAGUUGCAUCCAUAUUCGUAGGAUAGGAGGUACAUCGACGUUACCGAUCGAUUUUAAAUUGUUAUUACGUCUCUUAUUACGUAAGCGAGAUAGAUCACUGUAGACGAGCAACGUAGCCGUGCAACUUAUGUAUGUAUCUUUUGUAGUGCAGAACGAUUAGUUACAUACGAUAAAGGGAAAAAAAAAAAGAAAAAAAAAAAAAACAUGUAUACACAAGCGAUACCAAUUACGUUUAAUACGAAUCAGAGAAGAGGGAAUAAUACGAAUAAUACGAUCGAUCGACGAUCUUUCUUACAUACCAUAUAAUCUUCUUUGUCGAAAUUUGUCGCAACGCGUUUCUAUCGAAGUAAUGUUAUCACGCGAUAUAUACGAGUCAAUUACGAAACGAACGCAAACGUUCGAGAUCGAGCGUUUGCCUUUGAGGUAAUACGAGAAGCGAGUGCUCAAAAAGAAAAAAAAAAGAAAAAAAGAAGACGAAACGAAACGAAAUAUUACAAAAAAAGAAAAAAAGAAAAAAAAAGAAAAAUACUCGCUCUCUUUAUCGUUUUUUUAACGUUCGAUGAUCGUGAAUAUCUCGGAUAAAAUUGGACAAUUAACAAUCGUUCGUUGAGAGAAUAACAUUUUAAAACAUAUCAAUUCGCAUUAACGAAAAAUGGUAUCGCGGUUUUCGGUCGGCGGCAACCGGUCGAGUCUCGGGAUCGGUGAAUUUCGUUUGUUGCGUCGCCGAUCCCUCCCUCCCCUCCCCUCCCUCGCCCCCCGAACACGAUGAACGAGUUCUGGAAGUUCUUUAUUUCUUUCGCAAGAAUCUGGCGUUUCGUUAACCGAGAGAGAAAAAAAAAAAAA